AUGAGUGAGGAGUUCGAAGCUCUUGAAAGGAACGAAACCUGGGAGCUCGUGUCACGACCACCUGGGCGAAACAUUAUUACGUGCAAAUGGGCAUACAAGAAGAGGAUCUGGAAAUUGUCCAGUUUGACGUCAAGGCAGCGUUCUCAACUGAACGAAGAGGUUUUUAUGGAGGUUCCAAAAGGACUCAACGUUAACAGCACAAAGCUAACGUUCACUGACUGUCUCAAGAAGUUCAAUCUAGUGCCGAGUCAAGCAGACCCAUGCGUGUUUUAUGGAACAGUUGAUGGACAUGAACUGUACGUGUUGCUCUACGUGGAUGACGGCUUAGUGCUGUCAAGAAGCACCGAAUUGAUUCAUCAGUUGCUGAGCCACAUGAAGAGAAACUUCGAGUUGACAAUCGGAAAUUGUCAAUACUACGUGGGUAUGGAGAUAAGAAGCGAUCGUGCCAAGAAGGGGAUGUGCAUCGGACAGCAAGCAUACAUCAAGAAACUGAUAUCAAAGUACCACCUGGUAGACGCAGUUACAGCAAGUACUUUAGCUGAUGCAUACGUGAAGCUCACGAAGGGACAAGAUGAGAGUAAGUGGGAGUUGCCAGCCGUUUCCUUGAGAAUCCAGGGACCGAGCAGGUACACAGACGCAGACUUUGCUGGUGCAGAAGCCCAUCAGUCGACAACUGGUUUUGUCUUUACCCUGGGAGGUGGACCAGUAACUUGGCGCAAUCAGAGAAAGAAGAAGGUAGUCACGCUGUCGAUUUGUCAACUGCUCAAGGAUGUCAACAAAGAGUUGGUGGGUCCGACCCCCUUACGCAUCGAUAACCAAAGCACCUUGAGACUGAUAAGAAAUUCUGAAGUGCACGCCAGAACAAAGCAUUUCGACGUGCAGUUACACUUUGUUCGAGAGACAAAUAAAUCAGGGACUAUUGCAGUAGAAUACGUGCCUAGCGACAAGCAGCUGGCAGACGUCUUCACCAAGCCGCUGACGAGAGACAAUUUUGUCAAGAACAUCAAAGGCCUGAACAUAGUGAAUAUAUACGACGAGUGGGAGUGUUGA